GAUUUUGCUGUUGUGCAGCAGGAAAUCAUUAUGAUGAAAGACUGUAAACAUCCGAACAUUGUUGCUUACUUUGGCAGCUAUCUCAGACGAGACAAGCUAUGGAUUUGCAUGGAGUUUUGUGGAGGUGGCUCUCUACAGGAUAUCUAUCAUGUGACUGGACCACUGUCAGAACAGCAGAUUGCCUAUGUUAGCAGAGAAACACUACAGGGACUAUAUUAUCUUCACAGUAAAGGAAAAAUGCACAGAGAUAUAAAGGGAGCAAACAUUCUUCUAACAGAUAACGGACAUGUAAAAUUAGCUGAUUUUGGAGUAUCUGCACAGAUAACAGCUACAAUUGCCAAAAGGAAAUCGUUCAUUGGCACCCCAUAUUGGAUGGCACCAGAAGUUGCUGCAGUAGAAAGAAAAGGUGGCUAUAACCAACUCUGUGAUCUGUGGGCAGUUGGAAUAACUGCUAUAGAGCUUGCUGAACUUCAGCCUCCAAUGUUUGACCUACAUCCAAUGAGAGCCCUUUUUCUAAUGACAAAAAGCAACUUCCAGCCUCCUAAACUAAAGGACAAAAUGAAAUGGUCCAAUAGUUUCCAUCAUUUUGUGAAAAUGGCACUUACAAAAAAUCCUAAAAAAAGACCUACGGCCGAAAAGUUGCUACAGCAUCCCUUUGUUACCCAGCCAUUAAAUCGAAGUCUUGCUAUUGAACUUUUGGACAAAAUGAAUAAUCCUGAUCAUUCCACUUACCAUGAUUUUGAUGAUGAUGAUCCUGAGCCUCUUCUUGUGCCUCACAGAAUUCAUUCAACAAGUAGAAAUGGAAGAGAAGAAAAGACACGCUCUGAAAUAAAUUUUGGUCAAGUAAAGUUUGAUCCACCCUUGAGGAAAGAGACAGAGCCACAUCAUGAAUUUCCUGACAGUAGCGAUUUUUUGGACAAUUCAGAAGAAAUAUACUACACUGCAAGAUCUAACCUGGAUCUGCAGCUAGAAUAUGGUCAUGGUCCUCAGUGUGGCUACUUCUUGGGUGCAAAUAAGAGUCUCUUAAAAUCAGUUGAAGAAGAACUGCAUCAGCGGGGGCAUGUGGCACAUUUAGAAGAUGAUGAUGAUGCAGACGACGAUUCUAAACAUGCUACUAUGAAACCUAAAGUGCCACCUCCUUUACCACCAAAGCCUAAAUCCAUCUUUAUCCCCCAUGAAGCUCAUUCUUCUGAAAAUGAAAAUCAAGGGACAAUCAAGAGAUGCCCAACAUCAGAGAGUCCAGCCAAAUCUGCAUCUCACGUUCCACCCAGACCACCCCCUCCUCGAUUACCUCCACAGAAAUCUAAUCCUUUAGGUAAUGGAGUCACUUCUGUACAAUUAAAUGGUGAAAGAGAGGAAUCUCCACAGCACCAGGAUGAAGCUAGAGACACUAAUUUUUUAAGGAAAGAAAAGAAGGAAGUCCUGAAACCAAUUAGUAAUGGCCUUCCUCCCACACCUAAAGUACAUAUGGGUGCUUGCUUUUCAAAGGUUUUCAAUGGCUGUCCAUUAAAAAUUCAUUGUGCAACAUCAUGGAUAAAUCCAGAUACAAGAGAUCAGUACUUGAUAUUUGGUGCAGAAGAAGGCAUUUACACGCUGAACCUCAAUGAGCUUCAUGAAACAUCAAUGGAGCAGCUGUUUCCUCGAAGGUGUACGUGGUUAUAUGUCAUGAACAAUUGUUUGUUAUCAAUAUCUGGUAAAGCUUCUCAACUUUAUUCACACAAUCUGCCAGGACUCUUUGAUUAUGCAAGGCAAAUGCAAAAGUUACCUGUCGCUAUUCCAGCACAUAAACUCCCUGACCGUAUACUUCCCAGGAAGUUUGCGGUAUCUACAAAAAUUCCUGACACUAAAUGGUGUCAAAAGUGUUGUGUUGUGAGGAAUCCCUACACAGGCCACAAGUACCUUUGUGGAGCACUACAGUCUAGCAUUGUUUUGUUGGAAUGGGUUGAACCAAUGCAAAAAUUUAUGUUAAUCAAGCACAUAGAUUUUCCUGUACCUUGUCCACUGAGAUUGUUUGAAAUGCUGGUAGUCCCUGAGCAGGAAUUCCCUUUAGUUUGUGUGGGUGUCAGUAGAGGAAGAGACUUCAACCAGGUGGUGAAGUUUGAGACUGUCAACCCAAAUUCUACCUCUUCGUGGUUUACGGAAACAGAUACUACAGAAACAAGUGUUGUACAUGUAACGCAGCUGGAGAGAGAUACCAUUUUGGUGUGUUUGGAUUGCUGUAUAAAAAUAGUGAAUCUGCAAGGCAGGUUAAAAUCCAGCCGCAAACUGUCAUCAGAGCUCACAUUUGACUUUCAGAUUGAAUCAAUAGUCUGUCUACAAGACAGCGUGUUAGCGUUCUGGAAACACGGCAUGCAAGGAAGGAGUUUUAGAUCAAAUGAGAUCACACAAGAAAUUUCUGAUAAUACAAGGAUAUUCAGGCUUCUGGGAUCUGACAGGGUUGUGGUGCUGGAGAGUAGACCGACGGAUAACCCAACAGCCAACAGCAAUUUAUACAUCCUGGCAGGGCAUGAGAACAGUUACUGAGAACAGCAUGUGGCAGGCAGCUCACUGUGACAAGAGAACACUCCUGCUGCAGCAGCACUCAUGACUGGCUGGAAUUGCACAAAAGCUGCAGUAACUCCACUUCAGUUACUUUAUAAUUUAUUGUGGCAUGAAAGGAAGAUGAGAAUUGUUUGUGAUAUGGACACAGAAGCAUUAUGAUACCACAGAAGUGCUUAAUUUACUGUUAUGUAAUCUUUGUACAUAUGCAGUAUUUUUCAGCAAAACUUCUUGCUGAAGCCCUACACUGACUUUCUGUAGAUAGUGAUCCUCCUGUUAAGUACAAGUGUCUUACCUGUACAGAUGUAAAAGUCACUGAGGAUGCAAAAUUAAAUUGGGGUACUAUUAUAGGGACGUCUCAUGUGUUUAUGAUAAAGUGGGAUACUAGCAACAAAUAUAGUACAUUGAGCAACACUAUUGUAUUUUAUUAUAUGUAAUUUACUAAUACAAAUAAAUAUUAGAAAUUGUAACCAAGGCUGUAAUCAGAUUACAAUCUUGUUUUAAUUUCGAUACAACACACUGGUGUUCAUGUUUGCACAAUGUAUUGAGAUGUGAUGUAUUUAGUCACAAAGGUAAGCUGUGACUUUGUGGAUAUGACUUGGGCUUAAAAGAUCCUUUUUUUUUCGUUUACUU